AUGCCUAAUCAAACCGGGACCGUGAUCCGCCCCCCGCACUCGGGGCAUUUUCUUUUCACGUCCGAGUCGGUCAACGAAGGGCAUCCCGACAAGAUCUGUGACCAGGUCUCUGACGCUGUUUUGGACGCUUGCCUUGCACAGGAUCCCGAUUCCCGCGUAGCCUGCGAGACUUGCUGUAAAACCGGCAUGGUGAUGAUAUUUGGCGAGAUCACCACACGCGCUAAGGUGGAUUUUGUGCAAGUAGUCCGUGACGCCUGCAAAGAGAUCGGUUACGACGAUGACACUAAGGGUCUCGAUUACAGGACGAUGGAGGUCCUCAACAAGCUUGAGGAACAAAGCCCCGAGAUUGGCCAGUCUGUUCACGGAUUGGGAACCAAGGCCCCUGAGGACAUCGGCGCCGGUGAUCAGGGCCACAUGUUCGGCUACGCCUCUAAUGAGACUCUUGAGCUCAUGCCUUUGAGCCAUAGUCUAGCCACUAAGCUAGGUCAUCAGCUUACCGUUUGCAGAAAGAACGGUAUUGUUAAGUGGCUAAGACCUGAUGGGAAGACUCAAGUGACCGUAGAGUAUACUAAGGGUGAUAGUGGUGAAAUGAUCCCCGUUAGAAUCCACACCAUUCUAAUUUCUACCCAACACGACCCUGAAGUCAGCCAAGAGCAGAUCCAUUCUGACUUGAUGGAAUACAUCAUCGAGCCUAUCGUGCCUAAGCAGUACCUUGAUGAGGAGACUAUUUACCAUUUGAACCCCAGCAAGUUGUUCACUAUUGGUGGUCCUCAUGGUGAUGCUGGUCUGACUGGUCGUAAGAUUAUCAUUGAUACCUAUGGUGGCUGGGGAGCUCACGGUGGCGGAGCUUUCUCUGGUAAAGAUUCCACAAAGGUCGAUAGAUCAGCCGCAUAUGCUGCUCGAUGGGCCGCCAAGUCUCUCGUCCACGCCGGCUUGUGCCAGCGUUGCUUGGUCCAGGUCAGCUACGCUAUUGGACUGGUCCAGCCCUUGAGUCUUUUUGUCGACUCAUACGGUUCGGUGAUGCCUGGGCUCACUGAUGGGGAUUUGUGCGAUAUCGUUCAACGGAACUUCGAUUUCCGACCAGGUUGCAUCCAGAGGGAUUUGAAGCUAAAAGAGCCUCAAUACCAGAAACUGGCUGCUUAUGGUCACUUUGGUCGUCACGAUUUGAUGCCAGCUUGGGAGGUGGUAAAGGACCUAGAGGGGGAGGUGGGGGAAGCUAAGAAGAAACUCUCGAAGUAGUACUCAAUACAAUUGUCAUUGCUGUCAUAGAGUGAGCACUGCUGUAAGCAGUAGUCUACAUGUAUUAUGGGAGCUCAUCGU